AAACAAACACGACGCAUAUUUACCACGACUCGGCAAGACGAGCUCUCCAUGACUUAUCUCUGGUCUAGCAACAAUUCAAAGAUCGUGACAACAUUGAUAACAUGUCUCCACAAUUGUGAUAAACAAACCAAUCAGCAGAUCUAUCAAACAGAAAUGGCCGUAUUGCAUCGAAAGCCACCAGCUGUAAYAAAAAGUUCUCGCAGGAAAAUGAAACCUCGUCUGCCAAUUCGUCAAAGAUUAGCCAUAGUUUGUUCGGUGUAUCUUGUAUGGUUGGCUUACACAAUSACGACAAWACCGGGUUUGAAAGAUCGUAUUGUGGUUAGUAUCAAGAAAAGGCUGAAUCUUUUGCCAGAAGGAAUACUGAAGAAUGCCUACGCGCAAGCGAAGCCUGACUCCACUGGAAUGGAUGCUUUUGAAUACCGCCGGAUUCCCUGCGGAUUAAUCGCGAUCGAUACCACUUCUGUGAACAAUGUGCAUGGCAACAAGGAAGAAGAUGUGCUCCCACUGCAGACCGUCGCAUUUUUACCCAAUAAAAACGGCAAAUUGACAAGAGAAAUAUCCACACUACACGAACGURCGCUAAAAAGGUUUCCGCAGCUCCAAAAGUAUGUACAGAUAUCCGAUGAUGGAAUCAUUGGAAUCAUUCCGAYGGGAACAUUUCGUUUGAGGAUGGGCAGCGUGGAAGGUACAAUAGAACAAUCCCCUGAGUUGAGAAUUGUAAGCGAUGACAACAUAGACGGCGRCAUUGAUUUCGYUCUAGGAACCAAUUUUUGGAUGGARCAUUCUGCACGAUUCGGCGAGGACGAACUCUAUGUAUCUACGACGCCGGUGGGGGAUUCCAMUGAUGCUGCGACCGAAAUCAAUCGUGUCAUGGUUCCCUAUCUCUCGAUGCGAUCAACUCGAAAUAAUUUUGAAUUAUAGACCGAAAGUUCCACUAUUUCGAAUUUUUCGAAGUAAAGAGGUCUGGUUCAUUUGAAAAUUAUCGUWUCUAUCUGCACCGAUGGCAGCUAAACUCAAGGAAUAAACAAGCCAGACGAAAUGGCCAAUGGUGGAACGAGAUUAUUCGGUACAUGUCUGAUGGUGUUCAUGGUAGUCUACAACAUGAAAUGGACCUUAAAGCGGCUGCCCUAUUUUUUUAUUUCCGGGAAUGGAACUUCUGCUACAUUUGACCAUACGUUGUAUAUUAUGUCUGCACUAACGAAAAAUAGAGAGGCAGUGUAUCGAUGUGAUCUAAUCUUGAUAAAAUUGCAGAGAAUUAAUCUCGCGGAGUCAAAUACAUUGCCUUGUGCUGCUCAUUUAGUCCAUUAAUACUAGGUUAAAAACCAGUUUUGUGCAUGAAGCUAAUUUCUUGAACCUUGAUACGCUGAAGACUUGGUCWAUCAAUCUCGUAGUAAACUAAAGAUUUUUUG